UUAUAACUUUAUUUUACAUUUCAACGCUUGUUUAUAAAGCAACUCAUAUUCUGAUUUAUUUUCUUUUGAAUCUCUGCAUAAAUGUGACUGACGCAUUUAUUGACAUUUCAAAGUGUGCGUGUAUUGCUUCGAUCUGUGACUCUGAACAAGCUGAACAGGCCAAGGAAACUUGUUGCUACAACAUUUUCCGGGGAUCAAAAGAUGGAAGACCAAGACACAAUUGAUUCCCCGAAUGUGAUGUUAACAGUUGCCCUAUACUCCAGUAUUUGGUGUACGCUGUACUUUACAUUGUGUCUUGUUAAUUAUAAGAGAAGUUAUGAAUGGAAUGUAAGAUUAGUGACAGCUCUCCAUGCCUUAACUGUUACAGGACUUGGAUUAUGGUGUGCAUUUGUUCAAGGGCCAUGGCCAUUCACGGAUGCUGGGGGAAGAUCAACACCAUUACAACAACAGACAAUAUGUCUAUGUCUUGGUUAUUUCCUCUUUGAUAUGUCAUGGUGCCUGUAUUAUCAAACAGAAGGUCCUCCUAUGUUAGUCCACCAUAUACUGAGUAUAGCUGGUCUGUCUGUGUGCGCAAUAACACAUUGGUAUGGAACAGAGUUGAUUGCUUGUAUUGUAGGAAGUGAGGCAUCAAAUCCACUGUUACAGUUACGGUGGUUUCUUAAAGAGACAGGAAAAUAUGAUACAGUUUUUGGUGAAAUUGUAGACGCUGCAUUCAUGUUACUCUUUGGAGGUCUAAGAAUAGGAGUCGGUACCAAUUUAUUAUAUUCUUACUUUAAUCAGGACACAGAUUGGUUGGGAAGAAUUGGUGGUUUUGCAUUGUAUGCUUUGAGUUGGAUGUUCAUGGUCAAUAUAAUAACCUAUGCUAUUAAGAAAUACACCAAGAAAUUGAAAAAAUGGAAGGCAAGUUCUUCAGAUAAGAAAAGUGAACUUAAAGACAAAAACAUAACAGACAAAUCUGAGGUCAUAGUUACGAAGGACAACAAUCACAAUGUUAGGGCUCGUAAAGUUCUCCAGAACGGAUUCAUUACCUCUAAAAACAUUCAAAACAAAAUAGGUUCUACGAUGGAACAGUUAGCGACUGAUGAUGUUAUUGAGUUUUCUGUAAGUCGUACUGAUGUUAUUACUAGUUAAUAAUAUUUUCAUCCAACGAAAACUCUAAUGAGUUUGUGAUUGUGCUCUGUGUCAGUAAGUUUUACAUAAAAAGGAAUAUAGUGAAUUCAGUUCAUGAUCAUGAAGUAACAAUUAAAUGUUUUACAAGAUGUGUUUGAAGCCUGAUACAAGAUGGCCAUAUUGAACAAAAUGUUUAUAAAUGGAUAAAACAGGGUGUAAAUGAAAUGAUUGAACUUUCGUAAUAUACAAAUGUAUUUUUUUAUUUUUGUAUCUAUCAUCAUCUAUAGCUAUAACCUUACAUGCUAUACAUGUGAUACAUGUGCAAUGUAUAUUUUUAAGAAGUAUGCAUAAAAUGUACCUCCAUAUUUAUUUUUGAUCUAUUUUCUUUGUCUUCCAUAUCUAAACCAUAAUUUUUUUCUUCUGUACUUUCAUGUAAAAAGAACAUUUAUUUUUAUAUGAUUUAGUUUAAAAAAAAUCUUGGUGCCAUUCUAUGAUAAUAGUAAAUAGAUAUUUUUAAUUAUCAAAAUAAAGACGUGUAUCUCAAGUUCAGGAAGCUGUCAUAAAUUAUACAUCUAAACUUUACAGAAUUUAUGUUGAAGUAUAUUUCACUUGACUGUUGUUUUUUUAUUUAAUACAAAAAUAGAUUUUCUGUUCUUAUUUGAAUAUGAAGUUUUUAUAUUAAAAAUUAUUUGUAAAUCCGUGAGUUGAAAUCCAAUGUCCCAUUUACCCAUAUGAAUCAUGUAUAUAGUAUUUCAAUGAAUUGAAUUCUAAUGACGAAUAUGAAUCAUGCACAUGCAUCAUACAUGUCAAAUUUUAUCAAUGAAAAUUUAGAAAAAAUCUCCACUGAACAAGCACAUGCAUAUUGUAUAUAAAGAUGUCUGGUAAUAUUGUUCUUCUGAUACAAUGUAAGUCCUGGUCUUGAAGUCAUAAACUUUCAAGUCAGUUUUUUGUACUCAUACUCCAAUAUCAACCAAUCGAAUUGCCGAAUUUCAUGUUUUGAGCAUGAUUUUUGUGCUCCGAGCACUGAUCAAAGUUUUGUUACUUCUAGGCCUGGCAUGCAUUUCAUUAUUUGAUGUUAAAUAAACUGACUUGUUGGGAAAAUAAGUAUCUACCUGCAGCAUCCCAUGUAUUAAAGUUCCAUUUUGGUGAAUUUAAUCUCAAUUUUGAAUCAUGCACAUGCAGGCUACAUGUAUUCAUGUAUGUAAAUCUCAUUUCAAUGGCCUGAAUGAUGAAUCAUGUAUAUGUUAUAUAAAUAUUUGCUAUAAACUUCAUUUCAAUAAAUCUAAUGACUUUCCAUGCACUUGAAAGUAAAAAUCACUAAUUAUCCUGGAUUUUUAUCAAAUUUGGAUAGAAGCGUCUUAUACAUGUUAUAAUCAAAAGAUAGUAUCAAGAGAAACAUUUUUAUUGAUUUUUUUCCUCAUUUUUGUUGAGCCUGCAAUUUUGAGCCAAAUUAGGCGAGACACUGGGUUCCGCGGAACCCAUACAAAUUUUUAUAAAAUGUUGAUUAGAUUGCAUACAUGUAUUUGUGGUUUUUUUUGUGUGUGUGUAUACAUUGUACUUCAUUAGUCUUUCUCAAAUAGCACUGUUUUUUUUAUUUUUUUGUUUUGUUCACAUCAAAGUGCAAUUCCACAACAUGUUUAGUAUUUUGUGAUAGAUCAUUGUUAUUAUAUAAGCAUUAAAGAAACCUGGUAUUUUUGGGCAUUGAUACAUGUAUUUUUUUGGUUGUUCCUACCAUUUGAAUGAUUUGAUUUAUACAUUUUGGGUAUUAGAGAUACUUAAUGAUGGUAGAUUGCUCUACUACAUGUAUAUUCUAUAAGAAUAACAGUUAUGCAAGUCACAACCAUUUAAAGGUAUUUUUUUUAAGUACAAAUAAAAGUAGAAUCUGAACCAUUCACAGAACCAUUUUUGAGUUUUUUUCCAACUUAAUUAGCUUAACUCUUAUAAAUAUAUAUUAACUUGUGGUUUCAUCACCUAAAAGCUUUAACCACUUGAAUUUUCAACAUUAAUAUGCUAAAAAUCGUUUUUGUGAGUGUAGUUUGUUGUUCUAAAGACACUUAUUCAGGUUUCACACUUACUUUAUUUACCAUAAAAAAUCUGCAAACGAUAAAAUAUCAUAUCAAUUAAAGAAGUUUUAAAUAAAACCAGUACAUGUUUGACAGAUAUAUAAUAUUAGCCAUGGCGUAAAAGAGUGACAGUAUUUGACAAAAAUGACAAUCACCAAAUUAUAGUUACUGUAGUUGUUGAAGGUAUAUAAAUUUAACCACCUGUUUAAUUGAUUUUCUUAUCUUAAAUCUCGUAGGCCUUUCAGGGGGUCCCUGCCCUCCCUUUUUGUUUGAAAAGUUUUGGUUGAUUAUAUAGGGAAUCCUGUGCACUGAAGCAUUACUCGAAAUGUUUUUUUAUAUAAGGUAAUCUGGCGCAAUACCCGCAAGGGUAGUCGCCAUUAAACUCUAUUUAGUAGUAGAAGCAUGACUGGAUCGGUCCCCCUUAGGUCAGUCCCUUACAAAAAUGUUCUGGAUCUGCCACUGAAUCUUCUUGUCAAUAUACUUAUGAAAACGAUUAUAAUGGUUCCUUUCAAUCUGUGUUUUCAUUUGGAACUCUUUAGGAUUUGCCUUUUAAUGUGAGAACACUUUAUUUAAAAUAUUUAUAUUUCUAUAUAUGAUUGGCAAUGGUGACUUAAUUUUAUCCUUAAUUGACUUUUUAUUUAGUCCAACCUGUAAAUAUUUAUACUUUCUGUAUAAAACACUAUUGACCUACUUUAAAUGACAGAAAUAUCGUAUCUCAAAUAUACAUGGUAGGCACAGGAAGUAUUAUAAUUGUUUGUGUUAUUUAAAAAAAUGUUAAACUAACUUACAUUUUAUGUACAUAUAAUACUACAUCUGACUUCUCUGAUAGAUAUAUCAAUGUUUAGUUUUAGAAAAUUGAUUUGAUAAAAAAAAAAUGUAGCCCAAAUUGUUACAGGAAAUACGUCUUUCCCUACAAUGCAUGAGCAAAUAGUGAAGUUGCUUGUGUCUGUAUUAAAUCAUGUGAAAAUUAUCUUUUCAGGAUUUAUUUAUCAUGUUCAUGCAAUGAUAGUAUAUUUUUUUCUAUGUAAGAUGAUUAGAUGUACAAAGUUUUGAAAUUAUUUAUUAUUUGAUUUUUCUUUACUAUUUGUAUAUUUUUUGUUAAAUAAAUUAUUUAUACUAUUUAUACAACCAAAA